UCUAUGGAUCGGGUCACCUUUCGGACUCAAGUACUAGCCCGUCAUUUCCAGAGCCAUCAUAACCACACGGCUGAGCACCUCGACAUAGCAGAAUGUGUCAACUACUCCCCACCAGAGAUAUCUGAGCCACCAUCUGAUUUUGAUACCAAAUCACUUCGUAAGCUCCUAGAUGGUGACAGCAUUGAUGAAAUCGACUACAUGUUCAAUCUGAUGACACAGAGCACUCUGUUUUGCCCAAGAGAAAGAGGUGGCACAGUGUUCAUUUCACCAGAUUUUAACCAGUCAAUGCAGCAGCAGAGAGAAAUGACCAUGAAAAGAAUCGAUUACCUGAGAAAACAAGGAGUUUUCAAUGGGUGGCUAACUAGGAAGGGACCUGCUGCAGAGCUUUUGGGUUUUACUCGAGCUAACUCGUGUGGUGUUUUUGAUCAUUCUCUUGGGAUUAAGCUUGGUGUUCAUUUCUUUUUAUGGGGUGGUGCAAUCAAAUUUAUGGGCACAAAACGCCAUCAUGACAAAUGGCUGAAACCAUCCGAGAGUUAUGAAGUCAAGGGUUGCUUUGCUAUGACCGAGUUAGGACAUGGAAGCAAUGUCCGGGGCAUUGAAACAGUUACAAGAUAUGAUGCAGCCACUCAGGAAUUCAUCAUCAGCACUCCUUGUGAAUCUGCUCAGAAGUACUGGAUUGGAGGUGCAGCUAAUGAUGCUACACACACAGUAGUUUUCUCACAGCUUGAAAUUAACGGUGUCAGUCAAGGAGUGCAUGCUUUUAUAGCCCAACUCAGAGACAUGAAAGGGAAUAUAUGUCCAAAUAUUCGUAUAGCCGAUUGUGGUCAUAAGCUUGGGUUAAAUGGUGUUGAUGAUGGUCGAAUAUGGUUUGACAAUCUACGAGUACCUAGAGAGAACAUGUUAAAUUCAGUUGCUGAUGUCACACCAGAUGGACAAUAUACAAGUGCAAUAAAAGACCCGGAUCAGAGAUUUGCAGCCUUUUUGGCUCCGCUAACAUGUGGUCGUGUGACUAUUGCAACGUGUUCUAUGAACACAACAAAGAUUGGUUUAGCGGUUGCACUAAGGUACUCUUUGUCAAGGAGAGCCUUUUCAGUUCGAUCAAAUGAACCUGAAGUUCUCCUGCUUGAUUAUCCAAGUCAUCAAAGGCGACUCUUGCCUCUUGUAGCAAAGACAUACGCUUUGAGUUUUGCUUCAGAAUAUUUGAAGAAUAUAUACGUGAACAGAACACGCACAUCACUAAAAAGUGUUCAUGUCAUUUCUAGUGCACUUAAGGCUACUUUAACUUGGCAUGCUAUGAGAACCCUUCAGGAAUGUCGAGAAGCUUGUGGUGGGCAAGGUCUGAAGACUGAAAAUCAUGUUGGUCAUUUGAAAAGUGAGCAUGAUGUGCAACUUACUCUAGAAGGAGACAAUAAUGUUCUGAUGCAACAGGUUAGCAAGGCACUCCUCAUGGAAAUGGUGGCAGCCAAAAAAAGGAAUAAAGAAAUUCAAGGUAUGGGACUAGAACACUUAAACAAACCUGCUCCCAUUAUCCCUUCUCAGCUCACAAGCUCCGCCCUCAGGACCGCUCAGUUACAGACCGAUAUCUUCCGCCUAAGGGAGAGGGAUUUAUUGCACCGCUUUGUAACAGAAGUCUCACAGCGCCAGGCUCAGGGAGAAAGCAAAGAACAUAUAUUCUCAGUGACCUAUCAAAUUGCUGAGGAUUUGGGCAGAGCCUUCUCAGAUCGCUUAAUUCUACAAACAUAUCUUGAUGUUGAAGCAACCGUUCCUACAGGCUCUCUAAAAAGCGUAUUAGGUCUAAUGAGAUCAAUGUACACCACAAUUGUGAUGGAAGAAGAUGCCUCAUUUCUUCGAUAUGGUUACUUAUCAACAGAAAAUGCCGCAGUGGUUAGGAAAGAGGUUCCUAAACUGUGCAGUGAAUUAAGACCACAUGCACUUGCUUUAGUGACUGCUUUCGGAAUCCCUGAUGCCCUUUUGGGACCGAUAGCUUUCAACUGGAUCGACGCCAAUGCAUGGCCUUCACUAAAAAGACAACACCAUGUUGUCCCCAUGCAUGAUAGAAAACAGUUCCUCCAUAUAUGA